AUGGCGACAAUUGGACACACACAGACAUCUACACAUAUCCAUCCAUCGGCAGCUCAUCUACAUGUGCCUCAGUUGCUUUUAUGUGUUUACAGACAAAACUGGUCCAGAGCCAAAUGGUUACAUAACAGACUUGUGGGUAGCUAUUCAACAGGUGUACCUGCUAGUUACCAUGACAGCAGUUACCACAUAGAGACAGAGAUUAGGAACACAGAGAUAUCUGCAAUGGUGAUUGUAUUUUGGAAUAUCUGUAACAUCAGAACCGUGCCAGUGCAUGAACAUCACAAGACUGCUCUUCAAUCAUCCAAUCAAGAGAAUAGAUAUCUCACCCCGCAUCAACAUCUCAUAUCAGCAGCAAGUAGCCAGAGCAAAAAGGGUGCCUCAUUUAAUACUCAGAGAGUCUGGACUGAUGGAGUAAAACAAAAUAUGGACAAUCCAGGUACAAAUGUAGUCCAUUUUAAAGGCUUUAAUUUUGAAUCUACUCUGGAUAUGGACCUACUAGAAAAUGUAGACAACUUUGAAAUUAGAGAUGAUGAUGUUUUCAUAAUCACAUAUCCUAAAUCAGGUACCAUCUGGGCUCAGCAGAUACUAAGUUUGAUUUAUUUUGAGGGACAUCGUAACAGAAUGGAAAACUUGGAAACAGCUUUUAGAGUCCCUUUCUUUGAAUACUCUAGACGUCUAAUGGACAUUGAAAACAGACCAUCUCCACGACUCUUCACUUCCCAUCUUCCAUAUUAUUUAGCACCCAAAGGUCUGAAGAACAAAAAAGCUAAAGUUAUUUAUGUCUACAGAAAUCCAAAGGAUGUAUUGGUCUCUUAUUUUUAUUUUUCAAAUUGGUUAGAGACACACGAACCUACAGACACCAUAGGACAUUUCAUGGAAAAGUUUCUAGUUGGAGAAGUGGUUGGAAGCCUUUGGUUUGAUCAUAUCAGAGGCUGGUAUGAACACAAACAUGAUUUCAAUAUUCUGUUCAUGAUGUAUGAAGAUAUGAAGAAGGAUUUCAGAAGCUCUGUGCUUGAAAUCAGCAAAUUCCUUUCGAAAAAUCUGAGUGAACAGGAUGUGGAUGCUAUGGUUAAUCAGGCUACAUUUGAAAACAUGAAGUCUCUUCCACAAGCAAACUAUACUAAUACUAUAGAAAGAUAUGCUGGGAUGAGAUUCCAGGAAGGACAGUUCAUGCGCAAAGGUACAAUUGGAGAUUGGAAGCAUCAUUUGACUGUGAAGCAGAAUGAAAGAUUUGACAAAAUAUUCCAGACAAAGAUGAAAGAUUUUCCUUUGAAAUCUAUCUGGGAUAUAGAUGAGUAG